UCAAGCUUCAUACUCCUUCAAACUUUUCUUGACCAUCGUUUCUCUCUCUUUCUCUAAAACCAGUCUCCAUCUUUUCUGAAUCAAAAGGCAUCAUCAUAAACAAAGUCAGCUCCAAAGAAAGUAGCUAUAAUGGGUUGCUUUCCAGCUUGUUUCACUUCUUCUAAUAGCCGAAAGCACCGAAAAUCAGUGGCUGUAACUCCCUGUAUACAAAACCAAGAACAAAUCGUUGAAGCUACCGAAGAAGGAGCUAUUCUAUUUGAACCCACAAAGCUAUAUGACAUUAUCAAACCCAUUACUCCCAUUACAGAAUCCAAAGAGGUUAUUGAAGAACAAACCAAGAAUGAUGUUAAAAGGAAAGUGACAUUUGAUUUGGAGGAAGAAGUCAUUGAUGAGAAACAGAAUGAAAAUAAAGAGGAAACAGCAAAAGAGAUUGAACCAAUUUUGGGUUCUAUUGGAUCAAGUGUAGUUACUGUGGUACCAUCUCCUCCAUUGAAUCAUAGGUACGAGAAUUGCUCAAACAGUGAGGAUGAAGAUGCAGGUGUAAUAGAUUUAUCAGGAAGUGAUUUCAAUGGAGAUGAUUAUGGUGGGAGUGUUGAUGAUGAGGUUGAGAGCAACAAACAAAGUGUGAUUCAAGAACAAGAGUCUUCAGAAUCUUUGUUUUCGAUAUCAAUUGAUUCGAGGAAGCGAGUUAGUGAUGCUGAAGAAGAUGAGAAGGAGGUGAAUAGUCCAAUGCCAAAGCCAAAGCCAAUUGAAUCAGACCAAAGUGGUAGAGAUAAUAGUAUCAGGAGUCAGAAUUGUCAUUCAGUGUUGAGCCCAAUUGAGAAUCUUAGUCAAUGGAAGGAGGUAAAAGCGAAAGCAAUUCCUUUAGCUUCGAAUCACCAAGAGAAGGAGAAUAUGAAUGCUGAGCAAGAUUUCAACAUACCAAUUAGUCCAGAGCCUACACUGAAGCUGUCAAAACACUUCAGAAGAAGACCACUUGAGUCCAAUGACCUAAAGCUUGUUGACCAAGAAAAUGGGGUUGACACUAGCCUUUCGAGCUGGUUGGUUUCGAAUGCUAGUGAAAAUUCUGUGGGGAACUUGAUGUGUGAGGGAGUGAGUUCAUCAAGAAGUCUUGGAGAUGGACCAAUUUUAGGAGCAUGGACUAGUGAAGAGCUUAAGCAGCUGUCUAAUUCUUCUACUCUAAACCAGUCGCGAAGCCCGAGUCCUGAUCAAAUACCGAUCAUAGGGACUGUAGGGAGCUACUGGAGUCACACUGGUCAGGCCACGGAUUCAGACUCAAACUCUUCCAGCAGAGGAAUGGAAAACAAAGCAGGGAGGAACAGAGAGGAUGAGAAAGUAAAAUGGAAGACUAUACCGUUCGAGGCAAAAUUGGAGAGAGUUAUAGAUAUGGGCAUACUUGGAGCUUAGCACAUCUUCUGUAUAUGCUAUUGUGAUUCUAUUUAUUUUGAAUUCCAAAGUGUGAAGUCAGUUAGUCUA